AAGAAAAAGGUAAGUUAUAAAGUAUUCCAUCAAAAGUGGGAGAUGCGCAAAUCGUCGUUGACUUUUUCACGGUCAAAUAUAUUUCCAUGCUCGUAGAGUAAUGAUCUGUAUCAAGAGUAGAUACUUUCACCUCAAUCGAAUUUUUUUACUUGCUCUUGGUUUAUGGCCUUAUAGUCAUCAAUCGAAUUUCGUACGAUUUCAAAUAAUCUUAUGUUUUAGCUUUUUGGCAAGUUCUAUUAUUGUUCAACUUACAGUAUUUUUUACUACAGAAUGCACUCUUUAUCUUAUAAUAAAAGUUUCCUCUACCGCAAUGUAUUGUAGUACAUUCGUCAUAAAUUAUAACUCGUUUUGGAUAAAUGCACACAAUGUAAAGACUUUAAUGGAGCGACUACAAGAAAUUUGUAAUGAGUUAAAAGAUGAGAACGAGAUCAACAUCAUGAAAGAUUAUGGAAACAGCGUGAAAUUCUACACAUUUGUACUUACAAUGCUCACAGCGAUCUCCACGUGUACCAUCGUUUCAGUAUCAUUGUUCAUGCCAAUUGUUUUGCAUAUGAACGAAUCACAAACACGUCAAUUGAUAUAUUUCACGUCUGAGUACUUUAUUGACCAAGAAAAAUAUGCUUACCUAAUUUUAAUACAUUCAAAUAUAGUUUUGUGUAUAGGAAUAACUACAGUAUCAACGAUAGGGACAAUGCUCAGAGGAUGCUGCAUACACGCUUGUGGAUUAUUUAAAGUUGCCAGUUAUCGUAUCGAACAUGCGUUGGCCAUGAAAAUGUUCAAAAAUAUCAAUAUAGAGAAUGAGAUUAUUUACAAGGAAAUAAUUUGCGCCGUCGACAUCCAUCGCAAAGCUAUAAAGUUGGUAUCCAUAUGUGACAGCAUUUAUAUACAUAUAGUAUUUAUAAUAUUUUACUUUUUAAGGUAUUCCGAAUUUUUAUUAUCCAGUUUUAAAGGAACCUUGUUCUCAGUAAUGGUAAUUCAUGUAAUUUGUUUAAGCCUCAAUCUUUUUGCAGUUUUUCAGACUGCGGCCCUUGGAAAAAAAGAGGAAUUUUCAUAUCACUGUUUAAUUGUAAUAGUCAUUCUUUUAUACAUGUUCUUAGCUAAUUAUACUGGGCAAGAAAUUAUAGAUCACAACAACGACAUAUAUAUUGCAGCAUACAAUGCUCGAUGGUACGUAGCUCCUGUGCACAUACAGAAACUGAUACUUUUUCUAUUACAAAGAGGUGGCAAACCUUUUAAUUUAUCUGUCGCCAGUAUAUUUGUGGCAUCCUUAGAGUGUUUUGCCACGGUAAUAAUCAUACACUAUCUUAAACUCACUCUUCUAUUGAUAAUACAAGAGAAGAUAUAUUUAUUGCAGUUAUUGAAGGCGUCGAUGUCUUAUUUCACCUUCAUAUGUUCUGCACAGCAAUGACACCAAGGUAUAUUAUUCACAAAAAAAAAGAACAAAAGACCAUGAGGUAAUUUUCAUAUUUAAACAAAUAAAAUGUGAUUUAAGCUUGCAUAAAUUAAAUAUGUUAAGAUAACGGAAAUUUUUAUGUUUUGACAAAAACAAUAUUUUUGUGGGAUGUUAAAUUAAAUGAAUAUUAAAGCAUUCAAAAUUGUAAAAGGCACAUAACUGUAAAAUGAUAAUGUACAAUAUAUAUUUACUAUUAAUCUAAUCUAAUUUAAUUAAUUUUACAAAAAAGAUCUCUUUUUGUAAAUGUAAUAAAAUUUUGCAUAAUUACACUAUUAAAUAACAUGCAAAAAAUUGUUCUUUAUUUAGUUUUAUUUAAAUAUCAAACGUUAUACAUUAUGUAAUGUGUCACAUAUUUUCGAUUAACUUUAUUUAAUUUUUAAAGCUAUUUAAUAUCAAGUCAAUUAAUAGAGUAAUAAAAUAAUACACAAAUUCGUUAAAUUCGUUAAACACAAUUUACCAUUAAAAAAAAAAAAAAACACUAAAGUGAUCAUUUCGAUGAAACUAUAAAAAA